CAUUCAUUUGCUACUGGCGAGCCUGGGUCUGGUGUGGUUAUUGCUGUGAAAUGCCUUAAGCUAGAAAGUUUACUAGGUCACAAGGAGUGGUUGGUGAGUUUUGAUUUUCUGAUUGCUCAGAACUGCAUUAUGUAAGGUAGUUUGCUAAGUGAUAUCAUUUUCUUAAUCUCUUAUGGUAUUUGCGGUCCUUCAGGCAGAAAUUAAUUAUCUGGGACAGCUUUAUCAUCCUCAUAUUGUGAAGCUAAUAGGUUUCUGCUCAGAGGAUGAGCAGCGGCUUCUGGUGUACGAAUACAUGCCACAAGGCAGCUUGGAGAAUCAUAUAUACAUGAGAGGCUCAUACAACGAACCUCUUUCUUGGCACCUCCGCUUGAAGGUUGUUCUUGGUGCUGCAAAAGGGCUUGCUUUUCUUCAUAGUGCUGAGACACAAGUGAUAUAUCGGGACUUCAGUACUUCAAAUAUCCUGCUUGAUUCAAACUACAAUGCAAAGCUUUCUGAUUUUGGACUGGCCAGGCAUGGUCCAACAGGUGAUGAAAGUCAUGUCUCUAGUAUGGUCAUGGGGACCUAUGGAUAUGCAGCUCCAGAAUAUAUAGCUACAGGUCAUCUGACUGCCAAGUCUGACGUAUAUAGUUUUGGAGUUGUUGUCCUGGAAACAUUAUCUGGUCGAAGAGCAGUGGACAAGGGACGGCCCCUUGUAGAACAGAAUCUCGUUGACUGGGCCAAGCCCUACCUGGCCACCAAAAGCAGAAUCUUCCGUGUUAUGGACAAACGUCUUGAGGGUCAGUACUAACUGGAGGGAGCCCAUAAGGCAGCCAGCCUUGCAUUACGAUGCCUAUCCAUGGAACCCAAGUUCAGGCCAAGGAUGACGAAGGUUGUAGCAGCAUUGGAGCAGCUCCAGGAUUGCGAGGAACGAGAAACCACCAGCAGCAAUUCAAGUGGUGGGGCGACGCAUGGGAUAUGGUUCAGAUGAUGUCAGGAAUGAAAAACAUGCCGCUGCUGCCUCCUUUCCUCGAAGUACAGUUGAUGCUAGGAGAAAAAAAUCUGUUCGUACGGUAGGGACCCAUGUCUUGAAUCCCCACUCAACCCCAACUACCACUUGAUCUCCUCUUUAAAUGGCGACUCUCUCCAGGGGAUAAGGUGGCUAGGGCUGGCCAACAAGAUUUCGGGCAAAAUCUACUCAACAUUGGGUUUCCUUCACUCUCUCCAGCUUCACCCAGCCCCCAUUCCUGAACCUAGGUUCGGAAAAGUUUGUGCGGCUCGAGUAAGUUUCUGGUUUUAGACAAAGAGGGUGUCUAUGAUAAAAUUUAUUACUUGUUAUUUAAUGACUUAAGAAUGAUUCGAGCAUGUAGAGUCAUAAAUGUAACAGAAACUCGAUAAAUAAAAAAUCAUGUGCUAAAUAGUCCUAAUUAAAAUU